AUGGCCGACGUACGAUCUGAAUAUGAGGGAGAAGGUGAGUUCUAUUUCCUAAAACUGAUGGCAGAGGAGAUUGAAAAUGAAUAUAUACAAGGUUCUACUUUUAGAUCAGAAAGCUGGCAGCGCGUGAUGAGGAAGUUCUGCAAAAUUUAUGGCCCAAUUUUUACAGUUCUCUGUCUGAAGGCAAGGUUGAGAAGCCUCAAGAAACGUCACCAAAAGUUCUCAGAACUAAUAAGCCAUGAAGGAGUUUUCUGGAACAAAAAGCAUAAUGUCGUUUCUGGCAAUCAAGAAGUGUUGAAAAAAUACCAAUUGAAAUCAUACGGAAGGACUGGAUUUUACAAUGGUGAGGAGCAUUUCGACCUUAUGCGCCAAAUCUUUGAGAGUGGAGUUAAGCUCGACUAA